ACAUCACCAGUUCCAGUUUCGAACUCCCGCUCGUAUUAUAUCCGACAUUUCUUGCCGUUGCCUUAUCUUAUCCUCCUCCCUCCUCUCUUUCUCACCGGUUUUCUUCCAAAACCGAACAGAGAGAAAGAAGUGAAGAAGAGAGGAAAGGUAAAGAAAAGAAUGGCGGCGACCCUCUCCACUGCCCUCUCUUUCCUCUCCCCUUACUCCACCCCCUCCUCCGCCUCCCCCCUCUCCUCCCCGUCCCAAACCCUAAAAUUCCCAAUUCGACCCCCCGCCAUCGUCCCCUUCCGCCGCGCUGCCUUCCUCUCCCCCAUCGCCGCUGCCGCCGUCUCCCCCAAGAUCGAGGAGCUUGGUUCCCAGAUCGAGAAGCUCACCCUCGAGGAGGCCCGCGGCCUCGUCGACUUCCUCCAAGAGCGCCUCGGCGUCUCCGCCACCGCCUUCGCCCCCGCCGCCGUCGCCGCUCCCGGAGUUCCCGCCGACGCUGCUGCGGGUGCCCCCGCAGCCGUGGAGGAGAAGACUGAGUUCGACGUGGUGAUCGAGGAUGUUCCCAGCAACGCCCGGAUUGCGACGAUUAAAGUGAUUCGAGGUCUGACGAACCUGGCGCUUAAGGAGGCCAAGGAUUUGAUCGAGGGCUUGCCGAAGAAGUUCAGGGAGGCGGUGACGAAGGAGGAGGCCGAGGAGGCCAAGAAGCAGCUCGAGGAGGUCGGAGCGAAGGUCUCCAUCGCUUAAAUUCCCUUUGGAUUGGUGAGGGAUGUAGGGAGAAUGUCAAGAAUCCAAUUUCUAGUGGUUUGAGAGUUGACUUUAGUAGGGUGCCUUUGUCCAAAUUGUAUGGAUAUGAAAGCUUCGUAGGCAAUUGGCAUUGAUCAGAUUGGCUCCAAGGUGGCUAAACAUUGCCUUUUGAAAUAGUUGGCUAAUCCUGAUGUGAGAUGUCUGGAUACCAUACUCAAUCAUCGCCAUUAAAUGUUCUCAUAAGAGUCUAAUUGGUUGGAAGAGCGAAAUAUUUCACCAGGCCAUUAAUAUUCAAAAGCAAUUCACCACAGGGCGCAUCCAAGGAUACUAGAAGAAUUCUAAAACAAUGGAGCUUCCCUUUUCCUCAAGUUUGAAUUUUGUAGAUGUGGAUUAUUUUCUUCGGAAUGUGCUGUAUUAGCUCUGAAGGGUGAUAGAAUUUUAUUUGUAGUUUGAUCAAACUUCGUUUCAGUAAAUCAAAUUUGUGCUA